AUGGCAGGCGCAAAGGGCACCAAGCGCAGCGUCUCGCGCAUCGACGACAGUGACGAAGACGGUCCUAUUCUCACCAAGCCUAUCAAGAAGACCAAGACCACGGCCAGCGCCACCUCGGCCGGCGCCGGCAAGGACAAAGAUGGCAAUCCGUACUGGGAGCUUUCUUCCAAGCGUCGCAUCGGCAUCUCAAAGUUUAAGGACAUGACCAUGAUCAACAUCCGCGAAUACUACCAGAAGGACGAUGAUAUGCUGCCAGGGAAGAAGGGCAUCUCUCUCUCGCUCUCCCAAUUCGAGGCCCUCCUCAAGGCAGCGCCCGCUAUCAGCGCCAAGCUUCGCGACAUGGGCCACGAUGUCGAGGACUCCGAGGAUGCGGGCGGCGCGUCCACGCGCGAGGACGCCCCUAAGAAGCCCAGGGUCACGGCGCCACCGAAGCAAAAGAAGGAUAAUUUUGAGGCCACAAGCGACGAGGAGGAGGAGGAUUAA